GCGAAUCGCUGCGUGCCAGUAUGCCUCCGAAGAUGCAAAGAAUCCCAUCAUCCUUCCAAGAAGGCACCAUAUAACCACCUUAAUAAUACACCACUACCACGAUAACUAUCACCACCAAAACCAUGAAACAGUCAUAAACGAGCUCCGCCAAAAAUACCAAAUACCACGUUUGCGCACCUGUUAUAAUCAAGUCCGCCGAAAUUGCCAGAAAUGCAAAAACGACCAGUCUACACCGAAGGUGCCGAUGAUGGCCGAUCUUCCGCCAGGACGUUUGGCUGCCUUUUCUCGACCAUUCACACACGCUGGAGUAGAUUAUUUCGGUCCAAUCGAAGUAGUUGUUGGCAGGAGAACUGAAAAACGUUGGGGAAUGUUGGUGACAUGCUUGACCAUCCGUGCAAUCCAUAUCGAAGUUGUUAAUUCGCUCAGCACCGAUUCCUGUGUUAUGGCCCUUCGAAACUUUGCCGCUCGUCGCGGUCAACCUCGCAAGAUUUACAGCGACCGAGGUACAAACUUUGUUGGCGCUAACAAAGAGCUGCAGAAACUAGAUGCGAUCGUCAACCAAAGUGAAAUUAUGAGGGAGUUUACGACCACCGAGACCGAAUGGGUCUUUAACCCUCCCAUGGCUCCACACAUGGGUGGCAGUUGGGAGCGGUUGAUACGAACCGUCAAGAAGAACAUGCUGAGUGUCUGCACCACCAAGAAUCUGUCCGAUGAAGUAUUGCGGAAUCUACUGACGGAGAUCGAAAAUGUAGUGAAUUCCCGACCACUCACACACGUUCCAGUAGAUGAUGAUUCAGGCCCAGCACUCACUCCGAACCAUUUUUUGGUCGGUUCAUCGAACGGGUCUAAACCGCUCACAGACAUAGAUAACACCGGUCAUGCCUUGAAGCAGAAUUUAUGUACAUCUCAGAUCCUGGCAAAUCUGUACUGGAAACGUUGGGUUUCUGAUUACCUUCCGGAGAUUACCCGUCGAUCUAAGUGGUUUCAACCAACCAAACCCAUCGUUGUCGGGGACAUUGUGGUAAUCGCAGGCCCUAGAUCUCCUCGGAACUGCUGGCCGAAAGGAAGGGUUAUAUCUACGACUCCCAGCCGGGAUGGCCAAACUAGAUCAGCGACCGUUAAAACUAUUUCCGGAGUCUACGAGCGCCCAGUGGCGAAGUUGGCGAUUCUGGACGUUCAGCGCGUGGAGCAGUAAGCCAACUGAGAGUUGGCGUACCCCGGAGGACUGUUGGCCUACCCCAUUAGGCCAGCGCGCGCAUCUAUCGCCGUAGAUCAACAUUGCUCGCAACCCUGCGAGAAAAUUGCUAUGACAUUGAAGUGACAGGUAUUCCACCUGUCACCGGGUGAGUGGUCAAACGUGGAUUAAUAGAAAACGUACCUAGUUAUGCUUAUGUCUGCGAAUCUUAAAUUGAAUAAUCAUAUACUAAAUGCUCUACUAUUAAUAUUGGUGAAUAUUCUGUGCAAACCAGUAAUUUAUAUUGAAUUCCUACCGGAGGCACCUGAACUGUACCGCGACUCCUUUGUUUCAAGCUCUUCCAAGAGCCUAUUGUUCAUCAAAACCGG